AUGUCCUCAAGCGAUGGUAACGAAGAUGUGGUCGUUCACACUGGAAGAUCAGGGAACAAAAAAAGGGCACAACCACAGCCCCGACAAGGAAGGCCUUAUGGGCGUGGCCUUCCUUUUCGACCGGAGUCAAAUGUCCCUUCUACACCAACGAGCGAUGCCACCAGGCAGGCUACUCCCCAAACACCCAGAACUCACAAAGCAAACGGACGUCCCAAUGGUCAAGAACAAGGCUCCCCCAAGGACAGUUCGCGCGAUUCCAAACAAGCCAGGAAAGACGAGCUGAAGCAACUACAGCAAGAGAUCGUCGCCAACGCUCAUCUCAAUCGCUUCAAGGAAUUCGAUCAUACCGUUGCCAGUCCUGAGGUUUUGGCAACAUGUAGAACCGGCGCUGGGACGGAUCCAAGCUCCAAAAUUUACCAACAGAUUACCCGGUGUCGUCUUGCGGCGAAAUCGGACCUGGGAAAGCGUAACGACGACUCCUCAGCAAGCGCUUCACUGCCCGCAGACGCGACAGAGGAACAACGUCUGGCGGCGCCAUGGAGCACAUAUGAGAUAAGCGCUCGUGUCUAUCCAGUGGUUGUGGAUAAUAAGUUGAGUCUCUCAACUGAGCCAACUGCCGAAUACGAACGUUUCAAGAUCCAGGUGGAUACGAUCAUCCAAGACGUUAGCCCUUCCACGCAGGCUCCGCUGAAAAGUUCGUGGAAGGACGCUUUUCGCGUGAACUGGGAGGAUCGGCCUCAAAUUUGUUCCCCGCUCGGUGGAUUCCGAGACUGGUUCCGCCGUUGGCUCGACACUACUGUGACGGUUUGCUGUUACGUGGAUACCUACCACGACAAGUUCUUCGAUGGAACAGCCCAUCCAGAUGGAGUACGGUCAUUGUUCAUUCCAAGUUUCGAAGACCACCCUACCCGGCUCAAUAACGACGAGAAAUCGCAGCUUCACCAAUGUGAAACCGCCGAGGGUUACUGUUAUAACUGGACCGCGUAUGUGAGGGAAGAAAAGAACAGGGAGAAUGAGAGGAAGGAGAUGGAGCGAAAUGCCUAUCUCGAGGCUAUGAAGUCGCCGAUCUCCAACCCCAAUUCGCCCAAGGCAAACGUCUACUUGCGCCCCGUCGAGCCGACAGACGUCCCACAGCUCCUGGAGAUCUUCAAUUGGUAUGCCCACCGCUCACCGUUGAGUCCAUACCUGCUUUCACUGGACGAGAGCGAGGUUCGCCAGCGAAUUGAUGACUGCCGCAGUGAGAAGCUUCCCUUCAUUGUUGCAGUGGAGCGCAAACUUGGACAUGCCCGGGAUGGUACCCCCGAAAAAAUCCUGGGUUAUGCUCUGGCGACCGACUUUCUUGGUGUAGGCAGUGCAGCGACCACUGGACGGUUUACGGCGGAGCUCCAGCUGUUUGUGAAACAAGGUCACAAGCGCCUGCGGAUUGGGAGUUGUUUGAUGGACAAGCUUCUGGAAGUAUGCGACCCCACUCAUAUCCCGAAGCUUGGCUAUUUCUUCGAUGCUAGCUUGGAGGAGCGCUCCGGGUAUGAGCCUGGUGGUCGACGCAAACUCGCCCGAUUGGUCUUCAUCGUCAGCUACCCAGCAGGCGAAAGCUCGGGGUACAAGUGGCUCAUGGAAUGGCUUCGGACUAGGUAUGAUUUUGAAGAGCAAGGCGUUAUCAAAGGAGGAGGAGUGAAGUUUGAUCACUUUUACCUUGUUCGCUCCAUCGGAUACAGCCGAGACGGAAGAGCUGAUUUCUAG